GACUACUUAAUUCUCAAGAAACCUUACAAACCCUCCUGAGUCCUCGUUGCAACUUUCCAAUCAUCCUUUGAGAACCAAAAACCUAUCGAUCCCACCAAAGAGAUUGACCUACCCGCUCGGGUCAUUCUCUCCGUAUUUCUCAAUUCAUAAGCUAGUUACGCGUGCGUACGAGUUAAUUCUUCUACAAUCGGUAUACCGCUCGGAGGAAUCUGCAAAAUUUUCCCGGCUUCGGGAGCCACUCGGUGCAUUUUGACUAUGAAAAUUAUUAGUUCUGUCUCUAGAGGCAAGCAAUGUAUUAUUUCGAUUGCUUAGGCAUUUGUAGACCAUUUGAAAACAUAGAGAAGUGUUAUUGAGUAAUUUCAAGGUGAGCCUCGUGUUCUUAAACCUUAUCGAUUAUUUAUAUGAAGAUUAACAUAUUUCAUAAACGAUAUAAAUUUAAUAUCAAAGAUUUAUUAUUCCUUAUUUUAGUGAUUAUUUUAUCUCUCUUAAUCGGUCAGGUAACAUAAUGUAUUGACGUCAUUAGGCAGUGAAGUAGUGGCGUCAGUUUUACGUCAACUGGACGUCAUAAUGAUGGGACUUAUGACGCAAGUUCUGACGAGACCGUAACGUUUAUCGACGGUACCGAUUACAUGACCUGCACAAACGGUCCUAACGUUAAUCACAUUUGUUAAUAUAAAUACCACAACCUCUAUGACCAGUAAUAUGCUUUCCUUUUUCUGUGAAGACAUUAACGACCUGCGCCGACCCGCAGACAUGAUCAAUCCGGAGAAGGCCAGAAAGCGAUUAAUAUGAGUCAAGACUCAUUCAACUGUCAGCGUCGGAAAUCGUGAUAAUUGGCUGUUUUUACUGCAAACCGCUCUACCUGAGUUGAGCCCAGUUGACAUUAGUUUGCCGGUUAUACAUAACAUUUGGUCGCCAUGGAGAAACCUGAAAUUUUAUCUGACCUGCACUAUCUACCCAUAAUACUCUUCGUAGCUCUACCCUCCACCUUCAUCUUGACGUAAAUAUAUUAUGGCCGUCCUGCUCAAUCAUGUGGAGGCUGGAUUUCCAUAUAUCUCGGAUGCUGCAACUUAUGCACCGGAGAGCUGUAUCUUUGCUCAAUUCAUCAACAUGAUAACUGCUCUCAUGUGUUUUAUUAUCUACAUUAGGUACUCUCAAGUCAAAAUGUGCUCCAUCAUAUACCGACACCAAACUUCACUGCCAAGAUGGAAUAAUGCAGCUUUAAUUUUGGGAUUAGUGUCAAAUCUUGGUUUAUCCAUAGUUGCAAACUUCCAAGAAACUUCGGUGAUCGUGGUACAUCUUAUCGGUGCACUGUUGUGCUUCGGUUGCGGUGCAGCAUACUUUUGGAUUCAGGCAAUGUGUUCGUACUAUAUGCAUCCUAUCGGAUGUUCAUUGAGGAUCGCCUAUCUGCGGCUAGUUUUGUCUGCCUUUUGCACCGUGUGUUUCUUCGUUAUUCUCGUUACGGGCAUUUUAGCGCAUAUGGCGUACAAUGGAACAAAUCCAAGAAAAUGGUAUAAAGAUGACGGUGGCUGGGAAUUGCACGUUGUCAGCACCGUGGCUGAGUGGAUUUGUGCAAUUGGAUUCUGUGCUUACAUACUGACAUUCACGGAUGAGUUUCGAGAAAUCCAGCUGAUUCAACCCAAGGUUGCGUACAAGGAUGGUCAAUUCGGAAACAACGAUGAGAUGCUGGCCGAGAGCCAGAACGCAGGAGAUGAUCCACAAUCUCCUAGGAGUGUUACUUGAUCGGGUAUUACCUGCGGUAGUGGAUAUGUCAACCUCCUUUCUCAUUCGCCCGUGAAUACGCCUUGUUCCAGCUAUAGAGCUCGAGAUUUCGACUUCUUAGAUGAUAGCAUAGGAAUUGCUGAAUCUCGGAAACCUAAUUUAGACAAAUAUCCCUGUUCUGCACAAAUCCACGUGGAUCUUAAAGAUUCAACGAUUGACGCUUUGCGUGACGGCCGGCCCGAGGGAGAUUUGCUCGACUUAGACAGCGACGAUGACAAUAUUUUGGACGGCAAAUAUAUUCCGAUAGGAAGUGUAUCAAGAGCCGACAUAACCCAAGAGAAAAUACUUUAUGCGGAUACUGGGAGUUACAAUAAUUAUAAUCUACUCUAUGGCGGCAUUCGAAGCUUGGAUUCAUUGGUAAAGGAUGCUAACAUGCCAUAUACUGCAGCAAACAGUCACCCGAAUACAUUCCGUGAAUCCAACAGUCACGGGUGCUACAGUUUACGGUCCGAAAUUUCUGAAAGGAAAUUCGAGACUUUUUGUGAUAGCGAAUCUUCCUACUCUAUGGCAAACAGUCAUGGAGCCUAUAAGAUCUCGGAUAGGACUCUUGUAGACGGUGAAAAUCGAUCGUGCGAACGACUUGUUCCGCCAGAAGCGGAAACGAACUAUGAGAUCGCAAAUAGUCAUAGCAAUUAUAGAAUCUUCUACAAUAGUCAAACUCGAUAUGACAGAGAUAUUAUUACCACGAAGGAUAAUUUUAUAAAUAUCUCUCGAUCGGAAAACGAUAAUGGAUUUCAAAGUACGGUUGGUUCGGACUUCAAAAGUACCGUCACUAGUUUCACUAGAAGUAACUCUAGCCACAGUUCUAAAAGUACCGAGGAAUCCAUCACCACUUGUGACAUCGAAGAGUGCCUUAUACAGAUCGAGGAGAGUCUUUUAAAUAUCGAACAGAAUCUUCUUCAUGUUCAGGAUUUAAACAUACCAGAAAUUAAAAAAUUACUACAUACAAAACCAAGUAUCGAACGGAGCCUUUCUGGAGUUCAUGACUUAAUUUACACGGACAAUAUUGGAUCGGCUAAGAGGCACGAUGCGCUUUCUUUGGCAUCGGAAGAUGGCACCGGAAACAUGGUCGAUGCAACGUCAAAAAGAGAUUUGCAAAGCCCUGAUCGUAACGCUUUCGCAAACAACGAUAACUUCUUUGAAUUUAUGAACGAUCGAUCCGUCGGUGACCUAGUUGACGUCUCUUCGAGUGUACCCGAUGUUUUAAAUUCGAUCAUUCGCGAAGGUACCGACAAAAGCGUCAACUUUAUACCAAAUAGUCUUGGAAAAACUCCACUUAGAAGUACCAUCGAUGGAACCAAAGACAAUAUAAGAGUAGGUUUUCUCAAUUGUACCGAUUCAAGAAACGUGUGCGACGAAAAUCGAAGAAUUGACUCAAUGAAUUAUAAUUUUAAUCAUUGUUUAGAAGCCAAAAAACUAUUGAAUCAGAAGAAAUGUCACAAUAGGUGUAAUUCACUUGAUAAAAAUUCUAUCUUCCAAAAUUCUGAUUCGACGGAUCAACGUAUCGCGUCGCUAGAAAAUCUCUUUUCUGAAAGCAUCGAGAAUUUGUUGAGUGCUACAAGCAAGGCUAGAUCCGAAGAUACUUUAGAGCACUGUAACGACGAAAUAAGUUUAAACAAAAAUUCGAUGACCUCAGGACGAAAGGCUAAGGAAAACAGAUUAGCAAAAGUUGAAGCUAAAGCUGAUGAAUUUCGUAAAAAGAUUCGUAAUAUUAUAUCUAAUCGCCGAUCCGUUCUGCCUCAGACUUUAAAGAAAAUUACAAAGAAUAGUAAAGAUCUAUUGAAAAACCGAGAAAAUUCUCAGGACAGGUUGCCUAAUACAAAUAACGCCUCUACGGAAAGAUUGCAAGAUAUGAAAUAUGUCUCUCCUAAUAAUAAACCAUUAAGUAACGAGAAAAAGAAAAGGAAGAAAAUUAUAAACCGGACAUCCUCGUCUGAAAACGCUUUAGUGCCUAGUAAACUAAUUUCUCUUUCGUUAUCUUUAUUGCUAGCUGCCUUGUUACAAGCAGUGAGAUGUCUUACGGAUUUAGUGGAGGACGCUUUUAGAUCUGUUAAUUACGAUCGCUCUGGCUUACUAGAAUAAUAAGUGGAAUUGUUUUAAUUGUGCAAUCGUGGACGAAAUUAUAAUUCAAAUUUUUUGGAACUUA